AGUAGGGAGAGACAGUGAGACGAGCGGCUUGUAGCCUAGUGGCCGGGGCUCUUUUUGUCUUGGUGUUGGACUGGAUGGGAGGGAGCAGCAGCAGCCUCAGUACCAGGCAGUGCUCAGACCAGGCAGAUAGAGGAGGAGGCUACUACAUGCUGCCACAGCCGCUACCGCUCCUUCCUUUGUCGUACAGGGACGUUUUUCACCGCGGCCACACGUGAGCCAGAGGGAUAUUAUUUUCUUUUUUUCUUUUUUCUUUUUCAUUAUUUCUUUUUUUUGGUUACACGUAUUUCGAAGGGGACAAUUAGGCGGUCGCUGGCGUACAAAUGUACUCACUACACGAGGGCAGCGGUCUGCUACUGCUGGCGGUGUUGGCAGGACUGCAGAUUGCAGCAGAGGGCAGGGGCACCCCACCGUGCAUGCCAGGCUUCUCUGAAGAUGUGUACAAGGUUGUGGUGCCAGAUAUCACAGAGAAAGGACAGCCCCUUUUCAACGUGAGGUUUCUUGACUGUGGCCGAGGUGGUCUUGUGCAGUUUGAAUGCAGUAACCCAUCUGACUUCUGGAUAGAGGCCAGUGGAGUAGUAUAUACUGCCAGGAGUCUUCAGCACACUACACUCCCUGUGUCACCAUUGCUGAUCAAGGCUAGUGACACCACCACACAGGAGGAAUGGGUGGCCGAAGUCAGGCUGAUUCCCUCCAGCCAGCAGGUCCAAGAAGCUGCUGUCCCUCCUGUCAUGUCCAAGGAUUUGAAGGAAAUUGUGUUUCCACCACAAAACACGGACAGCCAACUCAAACGCAUGAAGAGAGACUGGGUCAUCCCCCCAAUCAAUGUCCCAGAAAACUCACGAGGCCCAUUCCCACAAGAGCUUGUUCGGAUCCGGUCAGACCAUGACAAAAACCGGUCCCUCAGAUACAGUGUGACAGGCCCUGGUGCUGACCAGCCUCCCACUGGCAUCUUCAUAAUUGACCCAAUCUCUGGAGAGUUGUCAGUCAACAAGCCCCUGGAUCGAGAGCACAUCCCCAGCUUCCAUCUGCGAGCUCAUGCAGUGGACCUGAAUGGGAACCAGGUAGAAAACCCUAUUGACAUUGUGAUCAAUGUGAUCGACAUGAACGACAACAGGCCCGAGUUCACUCAUCAGAUCUGGAACGGCACUGUUCCAGAGGGUUCCAAGCCAGGAUCAUAUGUUAUGACAGUAACGGCUGUUGACAAAGAUGAUCCCAAAACAGCUAAUGGGAUGCUGCGUUAUAAGAUCCUGUCUCAGAAUCCAGAGAGUCCAUCGUCCAAUAUGUUCACCAUCAACAAUAAAACAGGAGGCAUCAUCACGGUGGCAGCAGGCCUGGACAGAGAGAAAGUGCCUCAGUACACACUGAUCAUCCAGGCCACUGACAUAGAGGGCAACCCCAUGUAUGGCCUCUCCAACACAGCAACUGCUGUCAUUAAAAUCACUGACAUUAAUGACAAUCCGCCUGAGUUUACUGCUGAGACGUUUUUCGGCGAGGUGCCUGAAAACCGUGUGAAUGUCAUUGUGGCCAACCUGACGGUGACUGACAAGGACCAGCCCGACACACCAGCCUGGAAUGCUGUCUACAAAAUCACUAUGGGCGACCCCACCGGCAGGUUCUCUGUGCCCACUGAUCCGACUAGUAACGAGGGCCUGGUAACUGUCGUCAAGCCUAUUGACUAUGAAAUCAGUCGAACAUAUGUGCUGACUGUGGAAGCACGGAAUGAGGUCCCCCUGGCCAGAGGCAUCCACUCUCCUCGUCAGUCUACUGCCACUGUCUCCAUCAGAGUGAUAGAUGUCAAUGAGAGUCCCUACUUUGAGCCCAACCCCAAACUCAUUAAACUGGAAGAGGGAAUUAUGCCAGAGUCAACUCUGACUACCUUCACUGCACAAGACCCCGAUCGCUUCAUGCAGCAAAACAUCAGAUACUCCAAACUCUCAGAUCCAGCAAACUGGCUAAGGAUUGACCCCAACACCGGUCGAGUUACAACAACUGCCAUUCUGGACCGAGAGUCACCUUUUGUGAAGAAUAGUUUGUACAAUGCAACAUUCCUUGCUUCUGACAGUGGUGUACCUCCAGCAAGUGGCACAGGUACUCUCCAGAUCUACCUGCUGGAUAUCAAUGACAAUGCUCCCAGGGUAUUCCCUCAGGAGGUGGAGAUAUGUGAGAAGCCAGAGCCAAAUGCCAUCAACAUAACUGCUCUUGAUGGAGACUUGAACCCCAACGCGGGUCCGUUUGCAUUUGAGUUAGCCCACCGGCCACCUGAUGUUCGUAGAAACUGGACCAUCACAAGACUCAGUGGUGACUACGCUCAAGUGAGCCUGAAGAUUGGUUUCCUUGAAAAUGGUAUUUAUGAGCUCCCUAUCAUAAUCACAGACUCUGGCAACCUGCCCAUGUCCAACACCUCCUAUCUGAGGAUUAAGGUGUGCCAGUGUGACAUCAGUGGAGAUUGCACUGACCAGCAGCAAGCCUUGGCUGCUGGUCUGGGCACUGGUGCCAUCAUAUCCAUCCUCCUCUGCAUCAUCAUCCUCCUCAUUCUUGUGCUGCUGUUUGUCGUGUGGAUGAAGCGCCGUGAUAAAGAGCGUCAGGCCAAGCAACUCCUCAUUGAUCCCGAGGAUGAUGUGAGAGACAACAUUCUCAAGUAUGAUGAGGAAGGUGGAGGAGAAGAAGAUCAGGAUUAUGACCUGAGUCAGCUCCAGCAGCCGGACACGAUAGAGCCUGAUGCCAUCAAGCCGGUGGGAAUCCGACGUCUAGACGAGAGACCCCUCCACCCUGAGCCACAGUACCCCAUGAGGUCAGCAGCACCCCACCCUGGAGACAUCGGAGACUUCAUCAAUGAGGGACUCAAGGCAGCAGACAACGACCCCACUGCUCCUCCCUAUGACUCCCUGCUAGUGUUUGACUACGAGGGCAGCGGCUCCACAGCUGGCUCCCUAAGCUCUCUCAACUCCUCCAGCAGCGGGGGUGACCAGGAUUACGAUUACCUCAACGACUGGGGCCCUCGCUUUAGAAAACUGGCAGACAUGUACGGUGGAAGUGACGACUAGGACAUACAGCCACUUCCUGAAGGAUGAACAGAUAAAAAAAAAAAACACCAGAAGAAGAAAAGGAAAGAGCUCCUGUUGAUGGACAUGGACCGCUUCUGAUAUUCCCUGAGAGAGUGACCAGAAGAAACGAAACAAAAAAUAAACAUUGAUUCAGAAUAAAAAAAAUAAAAAAACAACCAACCUAGGCUUAUUGUUGUAGUCUACGCAUACAUAUGCUUGUUGAAAGCUUAGGCAUAGGCUGUGGUCCAGACAUGGAGGAUGUGGACUGUCACCAGUCAGAUUGUUGGUAUUAAAUGCGCUCAGUUACACUUGAAUUUCACAGUACAGAAGCACUGGGAUAUAAUGUGCCUUUUUGUACUUUUGUUUGGGAGGAGGGGUGGGGGGGGUGUCUAAAUGAUUAGUUUUAUGUUAAAGGCUUUAAUGGUACUGACUUUUGGAGUGAUUUCAAACAAAGUAUGUUGCACUCUGGUAUGCUUCUACAUGCUUUUUUCUCCUUUUUGUUACACAAUGUUCCUGUUUGAAGGUUAUUUAAAUACAAGUCAAAGAAAAUGAAGGAUCCUCUGUUAGCAUGGAUGGAAAGAAACUCAACUAAGAGCAGCACUGUACAGUAGACUUCUACACUUUUUUCACUGAAAGUUAAAAUUAUGCAGCUGGUUGCAAAUAAAGGGAGUUACGAAUCA